AAACGUUUCUGUCUGCUGUUGCAAUGGCGUUUGCUGCGACAGCACUUUGCGGCAGCAGGGAAAUCGAGGAGAAAGCAGCGACAAACGUCGCCAGCGGAUACGUUAUCGCCUCAAACACCACUGGAUUUAUGUAAUAUUCGGUGAACUACCUUGUAUAUUGAUUGUAUAUAUCUUCGCCUUGUGGAUGAGAUUGUGUUCAACGUUUUCCAAGCGUGAAUCUCCACCUUAAUGCGGUGGGAUGGCCACAGUGCCGCCUGGGCCUAGUAGCGCACUGCCUGCAUCCCCGGCUGAAAGUCCUCCUUUCCCCGGGGCUGGGAGCGCGGAGCCGGCGGGGGAAGACGGAGAGCCGGCCUGCCACCGGGAGGACCGUGUGUCCGCCGGUACGGGGAAGAAGUCGCAGCCGUUGGGCGACGUCAACACGUCGGUUAAGAAUAAGCAGAAAAACAUGCUAGCGCGAGCUAGCCCGGCGGCGCUGCACCUCAAAAUGCAGCCGCGAGAGCAGCAGCUAAACGGGUUGUCCAGCUCCUCAGAGGACGCGGACAGCCACCAGCACACCGACAGCCGGCCCGACAACCCCAGACCGUCCGUGGACAGCUGUGAUAGCAGCGGCAGCAGUGAGGAGGCUCCGACGGCUAGAAACAAUAGUGAGCGUUGCCAGCACGAAGGCCACAGCCCCUUCUCCAAAAACGGCAGUCACUCUCCGCUGGUUAACAAUAGCAUGAACGGGAUGCCGGGUUUCACGAGAACUGACGCGGCCCACAGCCACCCUGGGGGCGAAGGGAAGGGGGAGUUUGACCACACGGAGCCACCGAGACCGCCCACCGUCGAGCCGCCGGACGGCCNNGGCGGAGAGGAGAGCCCCGCUGACCCGCAGCAGCAACCACCGGCCGAGGAGCUGGCCCGGCUCGACCUGAGCAGCUCUGCCGGCCGAGCGGAAGAGGAUAGCCACGGCAUCCGCUAUGUCCGCUACGAGUCCGAACUUCAGAUGCCGUGGAUCAUGAGACUGAUCACCAAGGACUUGUCUGAGCCUUAUUCAAUUUACACGUACAGGUACUUCAUCCACAACUGGCCGCAGCUCUGCUUUCUGGUGAGCGAUGUGGAGCAGGAGUGUGUCGGAGCCAUAGUAUGUAAGCUUGACAUGCACAAGAAGAUGUUCCGUCGUGGCUACAUCGCCAUGCUGGCCGUGGACUCAAAACACAGAAGGAAAAGCAUCGGUACUAAUCUGGUGAAGAAGGCCAUCUAUGCCAUGGUGGAGGGUGACUGUGACGAGGUUGUAUUGGAGACUGAAAUCACCAACAAAUCAGCCCUGAAGCUGUACGAGAACUUGGGGUUUGUCAGAGACAAGAGGCUGUUCAGAUACUACCUGAAUGGAGUGGACGCGCUGCGGCUCAAACUGUGGCUCCGCUAGAGGAAAGAAGAGGGGGACAGGGGAGGAUGGGACAGCGGGUGCUGUUCACCUCAAACACUAUCAGCUUGACAGCCUCAGCUCUGCCCUGGUCAUUUCACUCUUCACACACACACACACACACACACACACACA